AUGGCGGCGGUGGAUCCAAACCCCGACGGCGAUUUGUUCGGCGGCCAACCUCCUGACGUAGUUGGGGGCCGCGUCGACCUUUCGGAGGUCGAUACGUGGCUAGGCAGCUCUAGCUUUGCGGCGCAACAGCCUGAAUCUGGAGUUGGCGGCGGCGGCGGCUCGACCACCGACGAGCCAUCCCAGGAGUUGGCGGCGGCUCCACCACCGACGACGACAAGAAGUGCACCUCGUGGCCGGCGCAAGCUUCCUCGUGCGGGAGGCGGCAUUAUUGAUGACCCAAAAUGGGGAAUUUGGUUCCAUUUAGAAGGCAGAGAUUCUAUUGUUAGAAACAUGUACCAGUCAGACAUAUCAUUUGGGACUCUGAUAUCUCUUAUUAGGAGUGAGGGUUGCUGCUCUGAUGAUUAUAUGUACUAUGUUAGUGAUGCUCAUAAAGGGAUAGAAGGCUUAGAAAAAAUAUCUUCUGAAGAUGAUGUGCAGCAGAUGUUGCUUCACUCUCUAAAUGAAAAGAGUGUGAACAUAAGAGUUGUGAGAGCAAAUGAGCUGUGUAAUGCAGAUGAAAACAGAGAUUAUUAUUUUGUUGAUCAUUGCAUUAACACCCAACAAAGUUGCACUAAGUUGGUGGAUACAAGCAUGGACAGAAAGAAAGAGCUUAAGAAAAGUAUUCUUCCGAGAGAAGCUGACCUCAAUCAUUUUGAAGGUGACAUUGAUGUAUCAGAAUUUCUGUCUGAUUCAGAUGGCAACAGUGUGGAACUGCAAGCAGUUUCUUCAUCUGAUGAUGAAGAUAGACCAAUGACACAGAAACUAAAGCCAGUGAGAAAUCCUGGUCCAACAAUUAGAUCACACAAUGAGGCUGAAAAAAUGGAAAAACCAGAUUGGUUGCCUGAAGCUGAUGAAAAAUGUUUUCCUGGUGAUUAUGGCAUUAGUGAUGAAGAAGAUGAGCCUGAAGGAUCCUAUAAACUACCAAGUGGUAGGAAGAGAAGGAAUAUGAAGUUGAAGGAAAGGGUAUGGUUCAAUCCCAAACUACCAAACCCAGAAGAACAGUGUUGUAAGGGAUUGUGCUUCACCAGUGUUUAUGAGUACAAAGAUGCACUUAGGGAUUUUCACAUUAGGACAUUGAGGAACUGUCAAUACCAUAGAAAUGCCCCAGAUAGGAUUAUUGUUUGGUGCUCAGAGAGAGCACAAGGAUGUGAUUUAUAUAUCACUGCCUCUAAAAUAGCUCAUGAGAAAACUUUCUGCAUCAAGAAGUGUGAUAUUGUGCACACUUGUGGAGCAUGUGCAGAGUCCACAAAGGUUACUACAAAGUGGUUGUCCAGAUCAGUACAGGAAGCAUUGAGAGAAGACAUUAGAUCUCCUGUGGAUGCAUUAAUUAAAAAGACAAAGACCAAGUUUUCAGUGGAUGUGUCAAGGAGUGUGGCAUAUAGGGCAAGGAGGAAGGCUGUUGAUGUGGUGCAAGGUGAUCACAAGCAGCAGUAUUUGAGGUUAAGAGAUUAUCUUCAAGCUGUUCUUGAUACAAACCCUGGGAGCAGGUGUAUAGUGACAACAUUUGAAGAUCCAGAAAACCCAGCACCUACUCCUAGAUUCAAGUAUCUUUUCUACUGUUUAGCAGCUUCAAAGGAAGGUUUCCUUAAUGGUUGCAGACCAUUUAUAGGUCUUGAUGGAUGCUUCAUCAAGUUAACCACUGGACAACAAAUACUUGCAGCCACAGGAAGGGAUGGCAACAACAACAUCAACCCCAUAACUUUUGGUGUGGUUGACAAGGAAGAUGGAGAGAGUUGGACUUGGUUUUUAACUCAGUUGAGAUGUUGCAUUGGUAGUGGCAACAAGUUUGGAACAUACACCAUCAUAUCUGACAGGCAAAAGGCAAUAAAUGAGGUAUUCCCUGAUUCACCUCAAAGGUACUGUCUUAGGCACAUAUAUGCAAAUUUCCAAGCAGCUGAAUUUAGGGGGCAGGAACUAAAGAAAUGUGUGGACCAGGCUAGCUACUCUUACACAAAACAUUGUCAUGAAUUAGGGAUGGCAGAUUUGAAAGCACAGUGUGAGGAUGCUUGGAAAUGGCUAAAAAAGGUUGAUGCUUCUACUUGGGCUAGGUUUGCUAUGGAUCAUACAUGCAAAACAGAUCUAAUGGUGAACAACCUGAGUGAAGUGUUCAACAAGAUGAUACUGGAUGUUAGGGCUAAGCCUAUAAGGACAAUGUUUGAAGGGAUUAGGACCAAGCAGAUGAUCAAGAGGCAGCAGACCAGAGAGAAGUUACAGAUUAGCAGGUGGACAAUCACACCCAACUAUGCAAAGAUUUUAGAAGAGAACAAGAAACAUGCCAAGUAUUGCCACGCUGAUAGAGCAGGUGAAACAAUAUGGAAAACAGGGCAGUUUAUGCAGAUACACCAGCUGCACCAGCUCAAGGCCAUGCUACAACUGGAAGAAGAGCCAAUCCUACCAUAUCAGUCCCUACUGCAACAGCAAAUAGAGCAUCACAUUCUGCUCCAGGACCUUCUGCAUCAGCACCAACCCCUGUUGGUACAUCCAGAAGGGGCAGGCCUGCAGGUAGAGGGAGAAAUUCUUCAGUGCACCAAGAUCUGCCACAACUUCUGCACAAGGUUUGGCAGGGACCAAAAGGAAGAGGUAUCCAAGCUCCAAAUUGAAGGGCUACUUCUAUGCAAGUGGUAA